CCCCCCACCCCAGGUCACCAGGGCCGGACAGCGCACGUCACAUCCCAAAUAAAACCGGGCAAGUUCGCGGACUUUGUAGAGAGGCAUUUACAAGACAACGAUUCAAAGCAUGAAUCACUGCUGCACUCUCCUGCUGUUCACUUCAUGUGUAAUAGGUGGCGGAUUGACGGCGGUCAGGCUGCACCAUUUGGCUGCUGUUGAAAUCGAAUGGGUUUAUUCCAGGCAUGGAGGAGAAAGUUCGUCUGCAACGGACACCUAUUAUAAGGUCGUAUACAAGGAGUAUCAUGACCCUGAUUUUACCAUAGAAAAGGCUGGCCCAGACUGGAGAGGUCUCCUGGGUCCCACUCUGCGAGCAGAAGUAGGAGAUACUUUAAAAAUCCAUUUCAAGAAUAAGGCUGCUUAUCCUUUCAACAUUCGUCCACAAGGAAUCAUGAAGGGACAAUCAGCUGACGGAUUCUUCCAUGAAAACAGAUUAUUAUUUAAAGACAGAAAAGAACCCAUUGUACCUUCCCAAGAACAUACCUAUACAUGGAAGAUCACAGAAGAAAUGGGACCAACAAUAUUUGAUCCUCAGUGCCUUACCUACAUCUAUUCUUCUGAUAUUGACGUAGUGAAAGAUUUCCACACAGGGUUGAUUGGAACUCUACUCAUCUGUAAACCUGGAAGCUUAUCACAGAAUGGAAAGCAAAAAUACUUCAAUGAAGAAUUUUUUUUGCUGUUUUCCAUUUUUGAUGAAAGCGAGAGCUGGAAUUAUGAGAAUAAAGUAAAGACUCCAAUCAAAAUGUAUUCCAUCAAUGGAUUUACAAAUGGCACUUUACCAGAACUUGGUGCAUGUGCUUAUGAUGACAUUAGCUGGCAUUUGAUUGGAAUGUGCUUGAGUCCUGAAAUCUUCUCUAUCCAUUUUAAUGGUCAAGUCCUAUUGCACGAUUAUCACAGAGUGUCAUCUAUUGGACUGACUGCAGGCUCAACUGCCACAGCUCAGAUGUCUCCCACUCAAGUUGGGAAAUGGCUGCUCUCUUCUCAAGUACAGCAUCAUCGCCUGGCUGGAGUGUAUGGAUACCUCAACGUAGAAAAAUGCAACUCUGAGAAGGCACCGCCAAGCUACAGUUCAAAGGGACGGCGAGGAAAAUUUCGCCAAUACUUUAUUGCAGCCGAAGAAAUUUUGUGGGACUAUGCUCCUGAUGUUCAAAGCUACAUAGACAGCAAUUUUAAGACCAAAUAUUUGGAGUCAGGGCCAAGCCGUAUUGGCAAAACAUAUAAAAAGGCAAUUUAUGUAGAAUACACGGAUGAAACUUUCACCACACGUAAAGAACCAACAGAAGAACCAGUUUCUAUUUUACAAGGCGCAAUUGGGGCUCCUGUUAUAAGAGCUGAAGUCAGAGAUGUAAUUAAGGUACAUUUUAAGAAUCUGGCUAGUCGCCCCUACAGCAUCUAUCCUCAUGGUAUAACAGUCAAUAAGCAGGAUGAAGGAACUAAUUACCCUGGGAAUUCCACAAAUUCCACGAAACAGGUUGAUCCUGAUCAAACCUACAUUUACACUUGGAAGAUUUCUGAAGAUGUUGGACCAACAUCCCUGGACCCCAGGUGCCUGACAAAACUAUACCAUAGUGCUGUGGAUAUCACACGGGAUAUUGCUUCAGGACUUUUUGGACCCCUUUUAAUCUGCAAGGGCCUAUCACUGGAUUUCAGGAAUUUGCAAAUAAGAGUGGAUGAAGAGCAACACAUCAUAUUUGCAGCAUUUGAUGAGAACCAAAGCUGGUAUAUUGAUGAGAAUAUUCAGUCAUGCCAGGAUCCUUCCCUUGUCGACCCCACAGACCCUGAAUUUUACGAAUCAAACAUCAUGUACACAAUAAAUGGUCUUGUGUAUGAAAGCAAAGAGUCUAUACCGUUAUGUGAAGGAGUUGUCACAUACUGGCAUGUUUCGAGCAUUGGUGCCCAAGAUCACAUGCAGGCAGUUUACUUCCAUGGACAUACCUUCAAACACAGAAAAACAAAUAAAGAUGUGAUACACCUCUUCCCUCUAAUGGGUGAAACUCUAACCAUGCAGAUGGACAGUUUGGGUGAAUGGCUUCUUGGAACUUUAAGUUCCCGUCAGGUGACCUAUGGGAUGAGGAUAAGAAUUAAAGUUUAUCAGUGUGGGGAUGAAACCAUUUCAGGCCCACUAUUUUACUUUAGGAUUCAACCUGAAUCAAAUAAAGUGUUGGUAGAGGCGACUGAGGAAUCCGUUGAGGAAGAUAUUGAUGCCGAGACGCUUGAAAUGCUGAAAGAACUUGGAUUGCGAUCAUUCCAAAUACCACACGAAGUAGAAGAGACAGAAGAUAUUUUACAAUUUAUUGAAGAUGAAUCUGAUGAUUCACGAGAACUCAACGUUAAUAUAUCCAAGGAGCAAGGCGGCAAGUUGCAUUCAAAUAUCAGUGGAACUCAGAAUAAAACAUCCAUCGAUGCAAAUAAACUGAUCAGUUUACUGAACAAAAGAAUAUCAGAUGACUUGGAGUUUGAUUCGGCUGAAGAUGAACUUGAACAACCUGAGAAAUUAAGUGAAAGUAAAACUGAACAGCCAUUAAAAGAAGUAAUCAGUGAGGUGGUACAAAUAAAUGAAAUGUUAUCUGACUCACAUGAGCUGAAUUUCACAUCCACAGAUACUCAUUUAAAGCAAAAUACACCAGAUAUGAUGGAGGGAGAUAUUAACAUGGAGAUUUCUGGACAAAAUUAUAAAGCAAAGUGUGACAGUAGUGUAUGUCAACAUUCUGCGCUAAGGUCUGCUGCCAAAGAUACCAACUUCCUAUUUAAUGGGAAUGACACUGAUACUAUAGUUAAUCUCAUUGGGAAGAACAAAAGGAAUUUAGCUGAGAUUCCUGUAUCAGCACUAAACCAAAGUAAUUUUCAAGUAACUGCAGAGAAUAUCAGCCUUGUCAAUAUUACUGAAGGCAACAGAGAAGAGGAAUCUGAUUUAGUCCCACAAGAAAAAAGUGCAGAAACAAAUAGUCAAACUGGCAAAGCUGAAGCUUUCAUUAUAAUAGAAGGUGACAAAGUUGGAGAAACACAUACUGGCAGUGAAAUGGGUGACAGACAGAAAACCUACAAAGAAAAAGGAAGGGCAGUCAAAACAGGAACUAGUGUGGAGUUAGAAUUGAUUGAUGAAACAUUGUUACUGACACAAAAUCAGACAAUUGAGCAUCAACACAGCUCCAACUUCACCCAACAGGCAAAUGCCACCCAGCAUUGUUUGGGUGAAGACUGUGCCCUAGAUGAGAUGAUAAGCACCAAUACCUUUAGUGAAACAGUCACAGUAUUAAAUGGUUCAGACAGAAAAACAAAACAUCCAGCUACUUUGUCAAGAGAGAGCACAGCAGCCUCUUCACAAGCAACUAAUUUUUCAGUCGGUUAUGAACAAAAUCAAACUAACCCCAAUACAAAUAAUAACAGCAAAAAUAAAGUGACAGCUGAUAAUGAGCAGGGUAAUUCGUUCAAUCAGUUGUCUGGUGAGGUUAUGGAAAACUUCACAAAUACCUCCAAAGGAUCAGGAAUGGAGAGCAGAGAAAAUUCUGAAAAGGUAUUUAUUUACUUAAAGCAUUCAUCAGGUAACCAUAUGGUUCGAUUUCAGGGAGCGCCUCUAAAACCUGAAGAACGCUAUUUGUCAUACAAAGUGGAGGAAAAGGGUGUUAGUGUUUCAAAGCUAAAACAUUUGAGAAGAUACAUAAAGCUCACAACACAAAACAAUUCUACAAAACAAUUCAAAACUGUAGAAAGUGUUGGAAGGCGAGCAGCAGUUGAAGCUAUGCUGAAACACAGAAAAUUAUUGCAGGAACAAAUGUCUCCAAGAGGAUUCAGACGUGGUAUUAAACAGAGAAUGCAUAUUCCUUUAGGCAAAAAUCAUACAUCAUCAAGAAGAUUUCAAUCUAAGUCUAAACAUUCUGUAAUUUAUCAAGAUGACAGCUCAAACUCUAUUAUAGUUGGAAUUCCAAAACGUAACAAUGGUGUUACACUUGAAUAUGAUGAAUAUAUCGCAAAUGUGGAUGUAGACCUUCCUGAAGCUAGUAGAAAACUGGAUGAAGGGGAGACAAAGUUUGAUUCUAUGAACCCUUAUACUAAUGACAGACGAACUCAUUCAGAUAUAUCCCGGGAUCCAGAAAUGAUUGUCGAGCAUUAUUUACGGAGCCACAAUGGGAAUGUGAGGUACUACUUUAUUGCUGCAGAAGAAAUAUUUUGGGAUUAUUCCAGAAACACCAUAGAUGUUAGAAGUUCAGCAGAACAAAGAAAUACAUUGUUUAAAAAAGUCAUUUUUCGGAGAUAUACCGAUGCAUUAUUUACGAAACCCUAUGAAAACGGAGAAAGAUACAAUCACUUGGGAAUACUUGGACCUGUCAUCAGAGCCGAAGUUAAUGAUGUCAUCAAGGUUAUAUUCAGAAACUUUGCUUCAAGACCAUACUCCAUUCAUGCACAUGGAGUGUCAUAUGAAAAAUCAUCUGAAGGAGUGGGAUAUGAAGAUUUCUCCACUGAUUGGUUUAGAUCAGAUGAUGCUGUUCUCCCAGAAAGCACAUACACUUAUGUGUGGAAUGUGCCACCUCGGUCUGCACCAAGAACCACUGACUCAGUCUGCAAGGCCUGGGUCUAUUAUUCCAGCGUGGACUAUGUGAAGGAUAUUAACUCCGGUUUGAUUGGGCCUUUGUUGAUCUGUCAGAACGGAACACUAAACAACAUUAAUGAAAUUCCCAACAAUGCUCGUGAGUUUGUUUUGUUCUUCAACACUUUCGAUGAAACUAAAAGUUGGUACCUGAAUGACAACAAGGACCAACUUUGUAAGGAGCCCUGUGAGAUGAACAAAAAUGAUUCCAGUCUUAUACAGCACAAUACGUUUCAUGCUAUAAAUGGAUUUGUCAAUGCCUCUUUAAGGGGUCUAGUGAUAUAUGAAAAAGAACUGGUGCGAUGGUAUUUGGUUAACAUGGGAAGCUCAGGGGAUGUGCAUUCCAUACGUUUCCAUGGCCAGACAUUCAUUGAAAGGAGGGAGAGCGAACAUCGCCUGGGCAUUUACAAUUUAUAUCCAGGUGCCUUCAAAACCAUUGAAAUGCGUUCAUCAAAACCUGGCAUAUGGCUAUUAGAUUGUGAAAUUGGAGAGCAUUACAAAGCAGGGAUGCAGGCACAUUUGCUGGUUCUCUCACAAGAUUGUGAUUAUCCCUUGGGUAUGGCAUCUGGAAGUAUAACUGAUCCACAGAUCACUGCAUCAAGCUAUGUAGAUAACUGGGAGCCAAAGCUAGCACGAUUGCACAACAGAGACAUGGUCAAUGCCUGGAGGGCUGUAAAGCACAGCCAAGACCCUCUUUGGAUUCAAGUUGAUCUGGAAAGGCCAAUGGUGGUCACUAAGAUUGCCACCCAAGGAGCCAGUGUGUUUUUUGCGCAAAAUUAUAUUACAGCCUUUUCCAUUGAAUACAGUGGGGAUGGGAAAAAUUGGACAUUUUACAAUGGAAACAGCAGAAGCAACAAACAAAUUUUUGAAGGAAAUUCUGAUGGUACAGGAAUAGAUUUUAACAGCUUCAACCCUCCCAUUAUCGCAAGAUAUCUAAAGUUAUAUCCAGUAUCCUUCAAAGUCACACCUACUCUUCGCAUGGAGUUAUAUGGUUGUGAAGUAGACUUCUGUUCACAGCCGCUGGGAAUGGAGAAUGGAACUAUUGCAGAUGAUCAGAUAACUGCGUCAUCCUUCCUGAGUUCGUGGUGGGGUUCUUGGAAACCAUCACUUGCACGUCUGGAUCAGGAAGGCAGAAUUAAUGCAUGGAAAUCAAAUGAACAACACACAGAUCAGUGGCUUCAGGUUAACUUUCUGGAGAAAAAGAAGAUAACUGGCAUUAUUACACAAGGGGCCAAGUCCCUUACCACCACAAUGUUUGUGCAAACCUAUGCUGUGCAUUUUAGCAAUGAUGGAAAAAUAUGGCUACCAUAUACCAAUCAGCCAGAUGUGGAUGAAAAGAUAUUCAUAGGAAACACCAAUUAUUAUCAACACAAAAAAGGCCACGUCAAUCCACCUAUUUUUGCCAAAUAUAUCCGGAUUAUUCCAAAAAGUUGGUACAAUUACAUUGCACUUCGACUAGAAUUCAUGGGAUGUGAUUCUGAAUGA